AUGGCAGUGCUGUUGAGAGAUGCACAGAACAUACACAUACCAUCACACGAUGUACUGAGGAAGAAAAUGUCCAACCGAACCACCGUGACCGAGUUCCUUUUCCUGGGAUUCUCUGACGUUCGGGAGCUGCAGAUUUUACACUUCCUGGUGUUUCUAGUGAUUUACCUGGCAGCCCUGAUGGGGAAUCUUCUCAUCAUCACAGUUGUUGUCCUUGACCACCACCUUCACACCCCCAUGUACUUCUUCCUGAUGAACCUGUCCAUCCUAGACAUCGGCUCCAUCUCUGUUACUGUCCCCAAAUCCAUGGCCAACUCCCUCAUGAACAUCAGAUCUUCAAAACAGUGCUGAAAAUCCCCACUGAGCGGGGCCGGCAUAAAGCCUUCUCCACCUGCCUCCCUCACCUCAC